GGCGACGACGUCGGCGAUUUAUAUGUCAGCAGGCGAGCAGGCGCAAACGUACGCGACGAACAAAAGGCGAACGUGAAUUUGUGAAAAAAAUACUAAGACGACAUCAGUUCUUUUUUGUGGAAAGUUCUUCCUUUGUGUUCAUCUUUUUCUGAAAUUGAGAUACUCUUUGGUUAAGCAAUGGAGAAAUUCGGUGCACCACGUGGCAAGCGUCCGCGCGUCCAGGUAUCGAUGGAACAGAAGGAGCAGGCCAUUGCCCGCAUACUCAACGGAGAGACCAAGGCCGGCAUCUCCCGUGAGCUGGGCGUGCCCGAGUCCACGGUCCGUGGCUGGGUGAAGCGCUCCGAGCAGCGCUCCGCUCGCGAGACCAAAGAUAAGCAGAACUUGGACAAGAAGCCAUCGCCGCUGCAAGUCCUGAAGCUGCCGCAGAAGCGCAACUUUAAUGGGCAUUCAUUGGCAGCUGACCGGAAGUACAUGAGGGACUCCCUAUCGAUGCAGAUGCAGACUCCAUCUGUAAUGCCCACAUCAUAUACGCUUCCCACCAUGGCUCCAGUACCAUGUCCCAUUUCGGUGCCACUGCCACUACUGCCACCCGUGCCCCUUUCAGUGCCGCAAACGGCCGUCGACGGCCUCAACCAGACGGACGACAGUCAGAUGAUCUACUGGCUGCACAUCUUCAAUGCGGGUGUCCUCAACUUCACCUGGAUCGUGACGGCGGCUGUCCAGCAUGCGCGCACCCAUGGCUAUGCGGAACGCCUCACCUUGUGGCAGAUCAUCAACAUAUACGUGGAAGAGGCUGCACGCAACGUGGCCGCCAAUGCGGGCAUAUUUGUGAAUCCAUUGCCGAAAACACAGACAACUCGCAUUGGUAACAUUUCCCAGACGGCACGUCUCCACAUCACAGCCGAGGAUGAUGAAGAGGACGACGAGCAGUGAUAAAGGCAACAUCUGUUGGGUUUUUAUGUAAAUGAAUAUCUUAUG